AUGUCCAUCAUUACUACGCGUACAGCUAAUAUUCAUUCUGCUAUCCGUGGUCACAAAUCAUGCACCCUAGAUGGAAAGGUGUACUCUGUUUGUUCAAACCGUCUGCCAAUAACCUCAGAGCUCUCUAUCGCAUGUACUGUUGCAAGGGACGGUCUCUUAAAUGUUAGCUACCUUCGUUUCAACAUCGCAACAGAGCUGGAUGUGUCAUCAGCGGCUAUCUGUCGCUUUGGUACGGCUCUGCUGCUUGCAAUACCUUCGGUUGACCGCCCCCUCGAGUUCUUCACGUUCUGUCCAGAGAGCAAUCAGCUAAAGGAACUCCGAGGGCCAACAGUAGCCAGUAGGUGGCGCUUUUCGAUAAUAGAAGUGAGUCCAGAUAUUGUCCUCCUCUGCGGAGGUGACUUUGUUCGAAAAUGCUACUUGCUGGACUUCGCUAAGAGAACACUCUCCGAAACAGGUAAGCUUCCAUUUGUUGCAUCAAGCAUGACUCUCAUUACACUCAGUAAUGGGCUUAUCGCUGCUCCCACGUGCGCGGUAGCAGGACAGUUUCCAACCAAUAAGUGUCUUUUCUAUUCUGUAUCCACAGGAACGUGGCGCGUCCAAUUGCUCCCCAUUCCUGAGCAUGUCCACUAUGGUGUUGUUGUUCUUGCAGAUCAAUUGCUACUUCUUCUGACUCCAAGAGCACAGCAGAAGGGCCUUCUAGAGUUCCGUGGAUAUGUUUACAAUCACAAGACCAAUGUCGUGUAUAGGAUGGAGAGGCCAGACUUUCCAUCUUACUGUGAUCCGGUAGUAUUUGUGAACUCAGGGCGUCUUUACGUGGUGGGUGGCAUGCAGAAUGGUAAGGUAUCUUCCACCGUUCAUGACAUCACCCUGACCGCGUUUGUCACAUGUUUCAAAAACACAGAACUACGCUCCCUGUUGAAGGAGGAAUUCGGUGUGUAA